AUGGCCCUUCGACCUCGCUCUGAAAGCUCAACCUGUGACCCACACGCCUUCGAGGAGCUAAGUUUGAUUUUGCUGUUAACAUUCGUUGUUCUGUUUCUCAUCACCAGCCUGGUUCUGGUGUAUAACUUCCCUAUCCGCAGAAAACGGGCCCAUCGAAAUGGCCAUGCAAAAGAGGGAGCACUUUGGACAGUACUGGGAUUGUCCCUUGGAGCCCAAUCAAUAGCGUAUAUAUUGGACCUUGCAAGUUUGGUUACUUCGCAGUGCUCACCUACGUCUGAAAUGACCCCCUUUACGCUCGAUAUAGUCACCGGCUGUCUUGGCUUUAUCUCCGGAUUUCUCCUACUCGCCGCGACACUGCUUCCAAUCACUCGUCUGAUGCACGAGUGUGCGGGGGGGGUACUGUCACGAGUUACUUCUAUCGGCCAUAAAACGCUUGUCAUACUGAUGGGGGCUGACGUGAUUGUCUGCAUUGCACUGUUGAUCUGGCUCAUUACCGACUUUAACGUUGACUUCACUGCAUUCGCUCGGUUUGCUGUCGGCCUCUAUGGGGGCCUAGCAGGGAUCUUCGUCAUUGUAUAUCAUAUACUGGGAGUUCUCGGAUCAUUUACGGCCUUUGUGAACCAUAUCAUAGCCAUUAAGAGGGCGCCUCAGCUUCGCAGGAGCGGUAAAUUACGGACACUUGCACACCUCCUCACGAUAGCCCAAUUUGCAAAGUACGCCACUAGUAUCAUCGUGAUAUGGGUUGAUAGUGGUAUUGAGAGCUAUGUUCUGAACCACAUAUUCCUGCUGACAGCCAUAGCCUCUGCCCUGUACUAUGUGCCCAACGCAGCAUUGGCAGUUGCCAAUAACACCGAACCACCUCGAUAUGAUCAGGGAAUUCCAACCCCUGUUUACAAGACACAGUACGCUCCAGUGAACACGUUCCCUCAAGACGAGACGUAUUAUUCCCAGGGAAACGAGAACAUGACCGAAGCCUACGAUGUCCCGCCAGUACCACCUGUCGGAAGACCACAAGAACUAGCAGGUGGAUAUACCAAAGUACCACAGCUAUCGGGCCCUCCGCUGCAGCCGUUAUCGUCACCAUCAUCACCAGCUAGGCGGCACGACCACCCUGUGGAACUACCAAAUCAGACUCCCCAGCCUUCAUGA